AUGGUAUAUAUUGCGCUUAUUCGGUACUGCCAGAAUACUCAUGCGACCCGCAAGCCCCUCCAAGAAGCCUUUACCGACAUGGAGAAGAAGCUGGCUAGUGCGCAGGAUCUCGCUUCUAAGGAGCACGCGAAAGUUGUCACACUCCAACAAGAGAACGAGCGACUACGACUGCAAAAGGAUCAGUUUCAAGCCAUGAAAGCCGAGGUUCAGCGACUCCAGGGUCUCGAUGAAGAGGUUGCGCAUUUUCGCGAUGUCAACCCAAAGGACCUCGCAACAUUUCUGGCAAACAAGUCAGCAAUACGCCAUUACUUGAAGCUUGUUCCUAUGCUAGUCGAGUAG